AUGACUAGAACUCAAAAAUGGACUCAUCAUGAAAAAAAAGCAGAACCACAUAUGUUUACUCAUAAUGGACAUCCAGAUCAAAAUCCAACAAAGACUAAAAAAAAUGGUGCAGGUAAAGGUAAUUGGGGUUCACCAGGUGAUGAAAUUAAUGAUUUAAUUGAUGAUGGAGAAAUCCCACCAGUUUUCAAUAAGACUAGAAGAGGUUCAAAUUCAAGUGCUCAUGAAUUAAAAUUUGAUGCUGUUCAACAUUUCCAUGAUCAUAUUGAUGAAGAUGAUGAAGAAGAAUAUGAAGAUGAUUAUGAAUCUAAUGAAAGUGAUGAAAGUAAAUGA